CACUCAAGUUUUCCUAAUAUCGUGAGCAUUACUUUAAAAGGAAAACUUUGUGAGAUAUAAGCAUGGGUAGCAGGGGUCUGUCAGGCAGCGGAGAGCAUCUAACAACCCCGAGGAGCGCUGUAGUCUGACGGGAACCCCUUAGUGCAAUCGGCCGUGGCGCAGCGAGCAGCGGGCGCACAGAGAUAUUAUUCUCUUCCCCGGUGUACUCUCCGACUUGCGGCGUUUGUCGGUAUCCCUUUUACCUUUUCUUAUCGCCCCCCUCAAGACUAACUCUUUGCCCUUGCUAAUGUUCACGAACCCUCUCGAUGAAGGACAGACACCACUGUAAGGGACAGAUCUCAGCCCCCUGGAAUGUGAAAUAGGUAACAGGAUUGUUCCUAAUAUUAGUACAUUCUUAACUAAAGUGAACUUCGCUUUAAGAACUUAUGAUGAUGCUCCCAGCGCAGGAAUAACAAGGACUGAUAAGGUGUGGAAGGGAGGAAUAUAGUGUGACAUUACCUGUGUCUGCUGUCUGAAAGAAAAAUGCUGCCGCUUCGGAGAGUAAGUGAUGUGCAUUCUCCGCGUCAGGAUGUGGAGGUGAUCCUGAGUUCGUGGUGGGGCUGUGCAGGAAAAAGAACGACACCACACACGUCCCUCCUAGUGAGAACCUCCAGCACCACGUGCAGGAUGUCGCGGUGGCUGGUGGCCGUAGUGGCGGUGGUGGUAAUGCUACAGGUGGGCCCGUGCUGUUCACUGGAAGCCAGGUGUCCCCCACAGAACGGAAAGGACAGAUAUUGCCAGUGCAUCACGGAAAAUGUUCGCAGUGGCUCCCAGAUCACCAUCAAGUGUGAUUUCCAGAAGAAGGAGGACGUAGACCUGACGGAGAACCUGUACCCAUUCGCAAAGUCUAAAGCUCUGAGUGCCUCUGUGCGGGUCAGCAACGCCACCAGUGUGAGGGUGACGCAGGGCUUCCUCGAGGAGUGGCUCAAGAUAUUGUCAGUGGGACUCGAUCUCUGGAACUGUGGCACCGUUACCUUGUCCUCCGCACCACACAUCUACCGCCACCUGUCACACUCCUUCUCCACUUUCAUCGGAAUCGGAUUGGUGGGCUGCCAGGUACCUGAAGUCCCUGCUAAUUUACUGAGAGACAGAUUCACUGCCAGCCUCCUCAUCAAGCACAGCCAAGUAGGCAUUGUGCGUCGUGGCGUGCUGAAUGCCGUUUUCAAGGUGCGGUACAUAGUGCUGGAAGACUCAUUGGUGGAUAAGGUGGAGGGCCCAGUGGCAGCAGAGGGUUCUUUCCUGCUGAGCCAGCGGGAUGUACAUCGCUGGAAUGGCCUUGUCCUUAACAACGUUACCAUACAUUCGCUUGGUCCUGGUUCCUUCAAUCUCACUCAUAAGGCCAGUAAGAGGGAGAAUACUCAUAAAGUGGAGGUGAAGGACUGCUUAGUGAGUCAGGUAGGCCGUGGUGGCAUCACAGCCCAGGGAGAUGUUGCUGUAACCAUCAAAAAUAACAUUUUUAAGAACUUGGAGGAUGGAGCCCUUAAAAUCAGUGUGAGUCGCGAUUUAAAGUUCCAAGGAAAUUUGGUGCAAGCAGCAGGGGAGGCAUCACUGCAGGGAAUCCAGUGUCAGAAUUUAACUGAGAUGGACACAAAUAUGAUCUACAUUACACUUGACAAAAAUAGAACUGAACUUCUCGAUGAACUCUCAUUCAAUCCAUUUUCAGCCUCCUGUGGCCUCUCUCAGAUGUUUAAAGUUGUGAAUGUGGAUGUGCCUCUCACUACCAUAGUCUUCAGCCACAGCACUUGGGUACUACUAGCCAUACUUUUACUGCUAGUACUGGCUGCUGGUGGUAUCCUUUACCGGUGGAGGGAAAACAACAAACUACAGAACCAGAGCCAAAAUAACUUCCAUUCCUACAAUGGUGUCUCAUCUUCAGCACAAUAUCAAGCUAACCAGCAGGAGGUUAACAUGGUGCAAAGCAAUGUAUCAAAUCGAGCCUGUGACAGAACAACACUGUAGCUCCAGUGUGCAGUAGAGGACUAUUGAUGACUGGAUUAAACCAUAUAAGAUUAUUAGUAUUUCACAAACUACGGAAGCAAAACCACAUUUUUUCCACCACUUUAUAGCACUGAAAAUUAACUGUAUAAAUCAUCAGAAUGUAAUUAAGCAUCAUAAUGAAGUGAAAUGCCCA